UCGCUUGGGACGGAUUGCCGCGUGAAUGGACCCUUAAUAAUUACCUGUUUGUAUGGGUACAUUAUGCAAUUCGUACGACCUACUAUCGCGGUGAAUAGACAUUGAAGGCUGAAUGCUGUACGCGCGUGGUCUCUGCGAGGCGUUUAUAAAAAAAGUUAAAAACGUAGUUCUGUUUUUAAAAAUAAUUAUUUACUGACGAAUUGUUGUUCUGUGGUCGUUAUGCGUUUAAAAAGGGAGAUUUUAAUAUUUUUUUACUAAUCGCGCUUGGGCUUUCACGGCAUGCUGUGUUGACAAAGUUAAACCAAAACAUUUUUUUCAUUCAUAAAUACUGAAGAUUUGAUUAUAUUGUCGUUGUUAAAAAGUUAUAAAUGGUUUUAAAUAAAAUAAUAUAAAAUUAAAUUUUGAAUUACAAAGUGACGAAUAAUGCAAACGUUUUAACUCAAUUUUUAAAUGUGACAAAACGCGUGUGAACUCUCGAAGAAAGUGUUCUUUAUUUGAAUUCUCAGUGACUUUUUUUAAAUAGAUCUGUGUUUUUAAUCCACCGUAUUUUAUGAAUUACUUAAGGCAAUGCAUACUUUUAUUUUAGUGCCGUGUUUUGAACGAUAAAUAAAUAGUUAAAAUUUGACAAAAUGAAGAUAAAUCUAUCGCCCUCUCUGAUUCGGCAGUAUGCCGUAGUUAUUACAGUAAACCUCGGUGUAGUGACAACGGGAAUGAGCUUAGCAUGGCCGUCACCAAUCCUCGUGAAGCUCCGAAACGAAACGGAAACACCAUUGUCGAGGCCAAUCACAGAAGAGGAGGGGUCCUGGAUCGUUUCCGGUGGAUUCUUGGUCGCUGUAUUUGGUAAUCUCUUGGGUGGAAUGCUUUUAGAUGCCAUAGGAAGGAAAUAUUGCUUCCUAUUAUUAUGCCUGCCAAAGUUCCUAACGAGUAUGCUGUUCAUAUUCGCUACGGAAGUGUGGAUGCUGAUCCUGGGGCGAGUGGUGAUAGCCACUGCCGACAGCUUUCUCUUCAUGGUAGCACCUAUCUACGCAUCGGAAAUUGCAAGUAAAGAACAUCGCGGUUCGCUAGGCACCUUCAUGCAGAUCUUCUCGACACUCGGCAUCGUUGUGACGCUGUCGGCGGGCCCGUACCUCUCCUACAAAGCCUUCAAUAUCGUCCUAGCAAGUGCUAUAGCAGUCAGCACCUUACCUGUACUCUGUUUACCUGACAGCCCUUUCUAUCUUUACUCUAAAGGUCGUUCGGAAGAGGCAUUAGAAGUUCUAUUACAAAUCCGAGCAUCCGAAGCCAUAGCGAAAGAAGAACUCCAAGAAUACCAAGACUCCAACCGUAAUAAAGAGAAGAUUGACAAGAAAUUGUUGUUUAAAAAUAAGACAUUUUUGAAAUCGUUGUCUCUCGGAUUCCUGCUUUUUAUUGGCAGCCAGCUCGUGGGCUUCAACGCUGUACAGUUCUACCUGCAAACGAUAUUGGAGUCCACUAAAACCAGUGUGAAACCUGAGCUAGCAUCUGUUAUUAUUGGCAUAAUACAAGUUUUCGCUAGUUUCUGCACGCCUUUGUUUUUGACGAAGUUCGGGAGGCGGCCUGUAUUGCUGGGAUCACUUUCCGGAAUGUUUCUUGGAAUGCUUGGUCUGGGAAUAUUCUUUAAGCUGACUGAAAGCGGUGGUGAGAUUACGGGGUUCCUGAACUUCCUUCCCAUAAUAUCCCUGAUCCUGGUGAUAUAUUUCUUUAGUGCUGGUAUAGGAUCCUUGGUAUGGCUGGUAACAGCCGAAAUCUUUGACAGCUCAGCGCGCGCUAUUGGCAUGUCUAUCACUUCGACGUCGUGCUUACUGGCGAUAUUCGUAACGACUAAAUACUUCGCGUUCAUGACCGAGUCUUUAGGCCCCGCUCUAACAUAUUGGUUCUUCAGCGCUAUGUGUCUGUUAGUUGGGACGUUGAUAGCGCUGUUCGUACCCGAGACUAAGGGGAAGACGUUCAGCGAGAUACAGAGAGCUCUGGGAGCAGAGAGUAUAGAGUUUAAAGAGAAAAAUGAUAAGGAGCGCGUGUGAUGCGCAAAUUUUGCUCGAAUACAGAAUUCAUGACGCUAAUAGAUACUGACAGAUUGAGCAAAAUCUUAAAAAUACUCUUAAAUUAAAAAUAAAAAUUAUUCCUACUAUACUACUACUAAGUAGGCCCAGUUU